AUGAGCGCCCGUCCCCGGACCCAAGCGCCACCGGAGGGCACGCGAGCGCCGGUACCCAAGCGCACACCGACACAGUCGCCACCGAGCUCCAACAUCAUGAUGGACGGAUACGACGGGCUCGUGGUGCCCAUCACGCCGGGCCAGCCCUACCGCGUCCCAAUCCCGCUGCUGCCCAACAGAGCCAACUACACCUCGCCGAUGACGAUCGACUUCCACGUCGACGAGAUCAUGUUCAUGACGCCGCGUGACAAGCACCAGCUGAAGCGCGGCCACCGCGCGCUUCUCUCGCGCUUCCAGGCCGUUCAGGCCCGCCUCGAUGCGUGGAAACGUCGUGUGGUCGCCUACAGGCUCCAGCGGGUCCGAGGCCACGACGACCGAGCCCGGUGCUUGGACCACGUGCAGGGCUUCUUCGACCAGCUCGGACACCUUGCACCGCAGUAUCGCCGUUGGGAUCUUGCCGCGCUCGAGGACACCGACCGACUGCGCGAGAUCAUCCCACCCGAGAACUAUGCCGACGCAAUCUUCUACCAUAACGGUGUGCUCAAGAAUGCAAGGAGCGACGCGUACUGCUUGGCAAUCUACACCGUUGUCCGUGACCUUGCAGGCUACGUCGAGACCCUGGAAGACUACGACCUGUUCCCCAAGAGCUUGAGGGAGUGUACCGAGUUCACAACGUUCCGGGAUAGCGUGGCCGAGCUGUGGUGGUGGCUGCAGGAGGCAUGGGAGCUCAACCCCAGUCGGAGGAACAGCAUGUCGUCGCUUGCACUGGCUAGAUAG